AAUUAAGCAUUUAGGGUCCAUAUUUGAAAGCUAAGGAAUAUAAGGGACGCCGCCGCCAUUUUCCGAUCGAUAUAAUUUUCGGUGAGGGGAGUGCAGAGAUUGGUCCGGCAAACGCUGCAGAGCGCAUGUCACGAGCGGCUGCGCGGCGGACGUGACGCGGUGUUAACGAUCCAAGUCAGUAUCUGCGACGCCGGGUAGCCCAUCGCGGCCCCAUCGAAUAAAACACGCUGCUGAUUAUGAAAACAGCAUUUCGGCCUCGUUGUAUCUAGGACGGCACCCGAAAUAACUAGGGCAACGUAAUGCGCAGCUACUAACGCAACUUAUAGCUGGUGUUACAAGACGCCCAAAACGUUAAGAACCGCGAAAAGAAGCGACGCGCGACGCUUCGGACCCAUCUCAAACAGCGAUCGGCGCGCGCAUAGGGGCGGCGGGGAUCAACUUAAACUGGGGCAAGCGGACUGACCAGCGCAUGGAGAUAACCCACAGAAACCAGACAUGCUGAGGUACCUGCCGCCUGCCCACUAGUUAUCAAGAUGGCCGACCGACGCUUCCAACAGAAGCUGCCUGAUACAUUGGCGGUGAGGAGACCGCUCAACCCCAAAGACGAUUUCUACGAGUGCUCAUUAUGUCCCUGUGAGGAGGAAAGUAUACAGCCUCCCGUUGAGACAUAUCAUAUACCCGGCCCAAAGGUCCAAUACAAUGGAGAGGAAAAACCAGAAGUGCUCAAAGAUGCUUCAGAAAAAGCGGACAAAUUGCUAAAUGAAGACAUAGAGAACGCCAAUCAGCAACCUAGCGACGAUGACUUUUCAGAUACUGAACCUGAGCCGCCUGAAAUCGAAACGGUUAUAGUCGAUAUGAGUGAUGUCGACAUGACUGAAGUAGAAAGAAUCAACGAAGAAAUGAUUAAAGCACAAUCAGACGACAACGAAACGAUAGACGAUGAAAGUGAUAAAAACGAAACCAGCGAAGACGAUAUAGAUGUUGCAGGGCCAAGUGGACUACAAACAAGGGCAUCAAGGCUAGCACACGAGCAAGAAAUGAUAAAAAAGACAGCCACGAAUUAUAUGACCCUUUCCUCGAGCUCGAAACGCUCAUCAGAGGUAAUUGUAAUAUCUACAGACACUGACUUAAAAACCAGUAACGACCAGUUGGACGAAGAACCGCAGAAUUUGCUUGAAAAGCUUGUCGAAGCGAUCGACGCAGCGAAAGGAAACGUGGACUUAGAAGUGAACGAGCAAGAUAAGAGAUACAGAAAAGAGGUGGAGGGCGACUACUACCAGCGACUAACGGCGGCGGCUUCUGACACCCCAGCUGCCCCCUACAAACAAUUCCCUGAAAUAAUAAACUGGACAAACUCUAGAGUAAACCGUCCAUUACCGAAAAGUCAAUGGGGGCCGAAAUUAAAACCUCUAGAAUUAACGAAUGAGUCUUACAGGGAACUCGUAGCCUCAAUGGAAAAUAUUCUCCGUAGAUUAUUAAUUAGUGUAAAUUACGAUUCCAUAAGCAACUUCUUAGAGUUUCACAAUUAUACUCAAAAUGUCAAUACAAGUAGCUCAGUGUACGAGGCAUAUCAGAGUUUCUGACCCGUUAUAUACCGACCAAGUACUACUUGUGUCGGAUUGACCCUGGAACUCCUUCGACGUUGGCAAUGCCUACGAUUUAAGUUCCCCGAAUUAGUAUGGGCAAUGGCUCCUCUUUCCUGUGAGGAAUCUGCACCAAACGUGAUAUUUGACGCUAAAAUAACAAGCGGAGCACAUGAUCUUUACAUCCCCGAUAAAGAGCACUUGCUAGCCGGCCUACGCGUAAAAAUCCACAGUAGGCGAGGCUUUUUAUUAGGGGACCCCGGCUACCAUGUUGCUCGAAUCAUCACUGUUAUGGAAGACGAACGAUAUCCGCACACAGGAUCGUUCGUACAAGCCAAGGAACAGGGAUUAACAAAAGUAUAUACUUACACUUUCAGCGAGGAAAGCGAAUCCUACAUUAUUUGGCGUGAAGAAGACAUUAAGUCUUCUAAUGUAAAAAUAAUGGAAGCAUUAGUAUACGUUGAUCGGCCCUAUUGCCAUGGCAUUCCAUUCUCGGAGAAAAGAAAUAUAAUUUACAAAUUUAAAAGCCUAGUGCGUCGCUCUCAUACGGGCUUAACUAUGGCUGGUAUGAGCUUUUGUUUAAAUCCAGUUUUUAGAAAAGCUAAGUUUACUAUCUUUUACCGAGACAAUGACAACAAAAAAAUAAGAAAAAGAAUUGCAUUUAAACGAUUUAUAGAUGCAAUCACCAUAAACAGAGAAGUAAAACAAUGUGUAGAUAUUUGUAAUAAACAAUUAAACUUUCCUAAAGAUAAAUUAUUUUCUAUAUUAUGUCACCUUGCCAAAAUUUUGUCUGAUGAGAAUUUUGUAAAGUCAUGCUUACAAAUAAGCUAUUACAUUCAAGAAUGUAGUAUAUGACACAGGUCUAUAAUGACUGUAGGCUACUGCACGAUCACAAUUGAAGAGGAAACUCCAGAAUCAAAUACUACAGGAAAUGCUACUUCUGGAACUGUUAAUGUACCAACACCAAUGAGUUUAUUGGACUAUCCACCUUAUAAAACACCUAAACUUGAAAUUAUGGAACCUCAAGCCGGGCCCUCUCGAGAGCCAACGUAUGGCUGUCCUGCCGAGGAUAUUCAAGAAAAUAUAUCCGAAACAGAUUCAGAAAAUAUGAUUAAAUCUGAAAUACCAAAUCCAGUUAGUGAGACGCAUAACGUAUUUGUAACAAAAGCGAAAAUUGAACGCUGGCUGGAUCAGAGUGAGGCUGCACUGGCUCAACAAAAUAGAAGGUGGUGUUGGUGCUGUACAUGGGUUUCCGAGAAAGAGUGUCCCCAACAUAAUAUGCAUUCUUAAGAAUUUUUCGUAUACAAUUGAAAAUUAAAUGAAGACUGAACUUAUUAACUUUUUAUAACUGAUCUAAUCAGGGUUUAUUCAGGUAUUAUGUGGGUGCCUUAGGUUCUUAAUUGACUAAUUUUAUUGGUAGAACUAGCAAUAUAGAUACUUUUCCGAAGUUGACUUGCUAUGUUAGACGAAGCUAUGUUCUUGGGUAAAUGUGAAGAGUUGAAGAUUGUGCUCAGUGACGUGCUAUGUUCAAUGCCCACCACAAGACGGAAACAGGCUGAUAAAAGUAACUCUGGCAGUAUAUUAUACUCUUGCUACAAAAUAAGUAUAAUAUAGUACAUACAAAAUCGAAUUUUAUAUAGUUUAUUGGGUUUUGGAUUCAUUUUAAAAAACAUUUAAUGUAUUUAAGACUUAACUAUUUCGAUAUAAUUUAGAUCAAUUCCCGUAUUCAAGGACCAAUAAUUAAUAGAACUAAAAGCUCACCAAUUAAAAUUAAAACGAAGGUAAUGAAGUCCGCUACAAUUGAUUCAUACGCCAUGUUACAAAACAUGGCUAGUUGGAAUUAAUCAAAACGAAUAUAUUUAGGAACUAUACUUAGCAGUGUCGAUAUGGAUCUUAGUGUUGGUCAAUUAACUGACUACUGUACUCAUUUCUUAAUAAAAAGUCCGCAAGGCAGCUAGUGGCGAGCUGUUGGGCAGUGGCGACCCCACGGACCUGACUCCAGGGAGUCUUGUUCUUCAUCUCCGGAUCGUAGUAGCGACCGAUUCGAGUGAAUACUGACGAGGAACAGACCUCUCGCCUCAUUCUGGUCACAAUUGACUGGGUUGAGUGGAGAUUCGCAAGAGUGGCAGAAGGAGACUCGAGGGGAUGGAAGUGUUUCAGAAUGCUGAGGGUUUUGACUGUUAUUACCCUGUUAGCCCUGGAAAAUUUGUCCAUCCUCUAGCAGCUCAAUGCAUGUUGCCUCCGUGUUGCUACGUAUUAGCGACAGGAAGUUGUCGGAGGCCCAUUCGUUGAGUUUGCCAGUCACCCCCAGCCUAUGUUUUAACAUCAACAUCUAUUAGGCUGGGGCAGAGUAUUCCCAUGGUUAACCUUCGAACUAUUCCAGAGACACUUGAAGGAAUAGACGCUUAUUUCCAUCUAUAAAAUAAAUACACCAGGUAUUUCCUUGGAAUACUCUCAUAUUGGAUACAGGUCAGUUGCCAGGUUGUGUCAGAUUUUUUUUGAGUUUUAGCGUGCACCACCGGUUUCUGCUUAGAUGACGUGCGCUUACGCCUGCUAUAAACACAACUACUGAAAUCCAUCUACCAUACACAAAAUAGUUGCAAUCAAUAACUAUAAAUAAAAUUGUAUUUUUCGUGCGAUUACCUCUACGAGAUAGUCCCUUUACGCUGUACAAAUUGAGGUGAUGUGGGGCACAUUUAACGAUAUUAUACUAUGUAGUUGGUCAUUCGGGAUGUUGGUGUGUCCGGGUACUACUAACGUGAUCUAGGUCGCGCUGCGCGUCCUACUGCCAAACACACACAGGCGCAGGCACACCGGCACGCACACCACGAUAUCGGCAGCCGCGGCUACAGUAUAAAUCGCGUCGGCCUCGUCACUAACUAGGCCGAAAAACUCGCGCAUGCGCCCACAAUCUCACUAACUAUUUGGUACAUUUCAUACGUAGGUAUACACACAUCAAAUAUUUUGGUACACUCAGUAGGGUGUACUUCCCAUACUCGUCUCAUUUGAGCCAAAUCCUUUUAUUAUAAUUUCUAUACGUCUAACAUUAUGUUUCUAGCACAACUGUAUACGAACUUGCACCGACCAACCAAUAACAUCUUCAAAAGUAUCCAAGAUGUAUUUUUGAUUUUCGUCGAUUAUGUAUUUUGAUUAAUUGAUCUGUCUGAUCUCUGAGUGGUUCAGACUAUACGAUCUAAACUUUAUUUUAAAAUAUGAUAUAAUUUCUUUCUUUCUUCACUUACAAAAUAUCCGAAAGAACUGAGAAGAGAGGAGACAUUUAUGUCUAUAUACGACUCUCGUGCGAUAAUUUUGAAUGAGGAUAACCUGAUCACAGUGCCACCUACUUCAUUGUGAACUUAACAUAGAUAUAAGAUCCGCUGCAGUAGUUUACAGUUGUUAUAUAAAUACAUUAAAUUAUAACAUAGGUAAGCUGGAUUAAUUUAAAACACGUAGAAUGUAAUGUCAUGUGAAUAGGUAUUGUUUAAGACUGUAGGAAAAGUGAGACUGAGGUACAUGAAUCUCACAAAGUAUGGAAAGUCUGGACGAAUUUGUCGUCUUCAUAAUAUAAAUGAACACUAUUAGGUAUUCGUGUGUGUUUAUACAAACUCAAACGUUAAAUAGGAAUAGGCCAACUGUGAUUAUUAUCACUAAGUGAAGAAAAAAUUUUUGAAUUAGACUACUAAUUAUUUAUUUACGAAUGUGCUUUCUUUUAUAUGUACUCGUUAAAAUACACGAUAAUUGUACUCGUUUAAAAUAGGGAUACUUAAAUCCAUAGUUGAUAGGUAGGUUAUGUAUUGUUAACAUUAAAUGUAUUUGUAUUAAUUUUAAGUAUAUUA